AUCUUUUCGUUGUUGCCGUAGUCAUGAAGAGCUUCAUUUUAAACAUAACACUCCUUGUAGCUCUGCUUUGCCUAGUCACUCUACCGAUUUCAACAGUUGGAUUACCAAAGAUACCGUGGCCUAAGCCGUCAGAACUAGCGGCAGGCCACUAUCAUUUGAAAGGCUCUGGCCACCUCACAGACUCCAAGGUUGGUUGGGUUUGCACUACUGUCACAGAACAAAACGCACCUCCAUCACCUUCGGGAUUACUUCCAGGGUUUCCGAACAUCCCGGGACUUCCUAGCAUCCAAGAACUACCAAACAUCCUGGGGACUCCAAACAUUCCAGGAUUCCCUAACAUACCGGGUAUCCCUAAUCUCCCUAGCCUCCCAGACCUUCCAGACUUCCCUCGUCUCCCAGACUUACCGGGACUCCCUCGCCUCCCAGACCUCCCUGACCUCCCGACCCUUCCUCGCCUCCCUCCCCUUCCGGGCCUCCCGGGCCUCCCAGGCCUCCCUAGCUUACUGAGUCUGCCUCCUUUACCACCAUUCCAAUCAGUAGUCUUUUCGCAAUCAUUAGAAAUGGAGAACUGCUUGACAAAAGAUGGAUCAAAGACCACAGAGAAAUGCUUUUCACAAAUAUUCUCGAGCUGGGCAAAAAAGGAUUUUGUUUUGGACAAGGAGUGUUGUGAAAUCUUUGUGAAGAUGGACAAGAAGUGCAAUAGCCACGUUCACACGUUGUUCAACAGCCGCUUCUUCGCACCUCUUCUUCAAUACUCAUGUCAAAUCAAGUUCAAAAGAAACUAA